AUGAUCGUCGAACGACAGGACGAACCAGCACCCGAGGUACCACCAACAGAUAUAGUAGAGAUUGACCCAUGUGCAGUAUUGAGCGAGCUUCAUGAGCCUUACAUCAGCUACGGGCACGUCAAACGGUGCUACGAUCACAUCCCCUACAACGCCACCGAAGCCAACACAGUCGUGUCGACCAUGUCCACGCUCGCCAGGGACUUUUAUAUUUUCCUCGACAGUGCAAUGACAGAGAACCUGCAGAAGCCCUUUACGAGUCAUCCGGUGGAUAUCCUGGCAGGGUUUGACAGGAUCUCGCGGACAGAGUAUAAGAACGACUUUUUGUUCCAGACCGAUGUGGACUUGUUGAUGAACAGUCUUAACGACGCGCACGCCAACUACAUCGCUCACUGUUACAGGAACUAUCUCUUUCUUCAGCCGUUUGACUUGUAUGCUCCUGUCAUCGAUAAAGUCCAGACAAUCCGCAUUCUUGUGGAUGGGACCAACGAUCUCCUCGAAGACUGCCAAGUAUUAACAAUCGACGGAGUCAACGCCCUCGACGCCAUCCAGACCUGGAUCGACAUCCACUACGGCUUCUCCAAGGACGCAGGUGUCCGACUCAACAAGGCUCUGACAUCCCAAUCCUUCAACAUCGACUCCAAGAAGUGGACCUAUAAUCAGGGGCAGUUCACCUCAAGAGUCACUUUACCAGAACGAGAGGCGAUUACGUAUGAGAUCUCGUGUCCGGUCUCGGCGUUGCAUCCAGAGGGCAAGAAUGCUACGCUUAAGGCGCCUUGGGAGGUUUAUCGUCUGGUUGCUUGGAAUGACUUUGAUAGCACGGAGAGCUUCUUGGCUAACAACUGUUAUCAGGAGCCGGAGACCGAUCUGCAGGAGGAACUUGUUAUUGUUGAGGACGACGACAACGAUGAUGAUGAUGACGGCGAUAAGGGUGAAGCCUCUGGUUUGAAGAAGCGGGCGGAGCGGUUGAAGAGAGCGAGAUCCCAACGUCGCAAGCAGCAACAGCAGGGGCGGGGGCAUCAGGAAAGUCUUUACCAGGCAGCCGUGGAGACACCCCGCCAUCUCACCAAGGAACCUCUUCGAUCUAACAUCGAGAAGCGACAGAUCCAGGAGCCGGCGAUCGCCCACCUGGUCUCAAACGGCAGCUCGACAUCAUUCUUCCAACUCGUCAAGCGCCCCACUAUCGGUGUCGUCGUCAUCCCGACCCACUCUGUCAGUCUCCGGACCGAGGCACAUGUUCUCGAAGAAGGGUUCGCUCAGCUCUACGAUGCGGGCGUCAGGAACGUAAUCCUGGACUUGACGGCGAACGGCGGCGGGUAUGUGAAUUUCGCAUACGAUCUUGUCGAUUGGAUGUUCCCCCAGGAGAACGAAACGUCGGUGUACUUGUCGGAUCUGAGGACAUCGAUGGCUGUCAAGGCGUUGGCGCAGAAAGAUCUCGAGUGGGAGGAUUAUAACAGUUACUUCAACCCGAACUCGUAUUCGGAUGCUGCGACCGGGGUGGAGUUUGAGACGAAUUUCUUUUUGCAGGACAAGCUUCAACGGCGGGUGAACCGGCAGCUGGAUUACACUCCCAAGGUGCGGAUGAACCAUAACCUGGGCGCGUUCGAGAGAGGAAUGCCGUGGCAGCAUAAUGCCGACAGUAUUGUGGUCAUGACGGACGGGACCUGUGGGUCAGCCUGCGGGAUGAGCCUGAACCGGCUCAAGAAUCGCCACAAGGUCAAGUCGUAUGCGAUCGGAGGCCGGUACGGCGAAGACCUGUCGCUGUUCUCCUUUGCCGGCGCGUCGGUGUACAGUCUGAAAGAAAUCCUGGGAGAUUAUAAAGUUCUGGAGGUGGACCCGUCAAUGCAACAGCUGUUGUACAAGGGGAUCUAUCGGGUACCCGUGAUGGAGUUUUUCGAUGAUGAUGACGUCGAAGGGAAGCCACUUGAGUUCCGGAGUGAGUUGUAUAAGGCGGAUUUUCAUCUGGGGUAUACCCCCGUGACGGCGAGGAGGCAUGAGAUCUUAUGGGAGAUUGUUGCGAAUAGCCAUUGGACGCCCGAAGGUCAGACCGGUCAGGAUCCUUCUAUCGAGUGA